AGAAAUGGAUCAAAUGAAGGAGAGAACUGGAAGAAUUCGGUGAAGAAGAUGCUUCCUCCCGGUGCUUCUGUGCCUAAUGAUGCUUCUGAUCUCGACUACUCCAUGGCCAUGGAAUACAAGGGACCUGCCUUUUCAUACGAAGUGCCGAGAGUCGAGCCUCUAAAUGUGAAUCCUCAAGCUAAGCGGCUAUCAGACUCCCAAAGAUCGACUGAUCAAGGGCGUCCUGUUAUUGAACCAAUCCCUUUGCCAGUGUCUCGUAUUGUUGGUGUCACAAGUUAUCAUAAUCAAAGUCCGAGAAUGUCAGGAAGUUCUGAAUCCGUGGUGUCUGUGUUGCAGAAUGCAGAUUUUUCUUCUGCGUCACCUUCAGUAUCCCCCAGUUCAGUACAUAAUCCACCAAAUAAUCCUCCUAAACAAGUAAUUCAUGAAGCAAAGAGGGCUCCUGUUGUCACUUUUAAUACUGUCGAGAGAUCUCAGAGGAAAGAAGCUGAGGUUGUGAGGCCAGUUCAUCCAGAAUAUGUUGGGGUUUCUAAAGAAAGGAAGAAAAAGAAAAUAAAAGUUUGUUAUAGAUGUGGAAAAGGGAAAUGGGAAUCUAAGGAGUCAUGUCUAGUUUGUGAUGCCAAGUAUUGUGGCAAUUGUGUGCUCAGAGCAAUGGGAUCAAUGCCAGAAGGGCGCAAAUGUGUAACAUGCAUUGGUCAGCCCAUUGAUGAAUCAAAGCGUCUCAAAUUGGGUAAAUAUUCAAGAGUGCUGUCUCGACUACUGAGUCCGUUAGAAGUCAAACAAAUUAUGAAAGCAGAGAAAGAGUGCUCUGCCAAUCAGCUUCGGCCUGAGCAGCUUGUUGUCAAUGGAUUCCCUUUGAAGCCAGAAGAGAUGGCGGAAUUAGUUGGGUGCCCCUUACCUCCACGGAAGCUAAAGCCUGGUAGAUAUUGGUAUGAUAAAGAAUCUGGUCUAUGGGGAAAGGAAGGAGGAAAACCUGACAAAAUAAUAAGUUCAAACUUGAAUUUCGGUGGGAAACUUAGCUCUAAUGCUAGCAAUGGAAACACUGAAGUUUACAUCAAUGGAAGAGAGAUUACCAAACUUGAACUUAGGGUUCUGAAGCUGGCGAACGUGCAGUGUCCGCGUGAUACACACUUUUGGGUUUAUGAUGAUGGUCGUUACGAAGAGGAAGGUCAAAACAAUAUUAGAGGAAACAUCUGGGAAAGGGCAUCAACAAGAUUUGUUUGUACCCUGUUCUCUUUGCCUUUUCCCCACGGACAACCUCAUGGACCAAGAUACGAGACGAGUAAUUAUACUACAGUUCCAACUUAUCUAGAACCGAAAAAAGUCCAUAAGCUUUUUCUUAUUGGACUUCAAGGAUCUGGUACUAGCACCAUCUUUAAGCAGGCCAAAUUUUUGUACGGGAACAGAUUUACUGUGGAAGAACUAGAAGAUGUCAAGCUGAUGAUCCAAAGUAACAUGUACAAAUAUCUUAGCAUAUUACUAGAUGGAAGGGAGCGCUUUGAGGAGGAAGCUGUAGCUUCUUCUGGCCAAACUAUGAAACCAGGUAGGGACAAUGAAGCAGCUGAAACUAGUCAAUGCAUAUAUUCCCUCAACCCAAGGCUGAAGCAUUUUUCUGACUGGCUCCUGGAUAUCAUAGCCACUGGGGAUUUAGAUGCAUUCUUCCCUGCAGCCACACGGGAGUAUGCACCCUUGGUUGACGAAGUGUGGAAGGAUCCAGCUAUACAAGAAACCUAUAAAAGAAAAGAUGAACUUCACUUCCUUCCAGAUGUUGCUGAGUACUUCUUAAACCGGGCUGUUGAGAUAUCUAGCAAUGAAUAUGAACCUUCUGAGAGAGACAUAUUAUAUGCAGAAGGGGUUACUCGUGGAAAUGGAUUGGCUUUCAUAGAAUUCUCACUUGAUGAUCGAAGUCCAAUGUCUCAAACUUACACUGAUAAUCUGGAAUCCCAGGCCCCACCUCUGACCAAGUACCAGCUUAUAAGGGUGAAUGCCAAGGGGAUGACUGAGGGUUGCAAGUGGGUUGAAAUGUUUGAAGAUGUUCGAGCCGUGGUCUUUUGUGUCGCCCUUAGUGACUAUGACCAGUUGUGCAUUGCCCCAGACGGCAGUGGCAGUGGAACACUUAUUCAGAACAAGAUGAUACAAAGUAGGGAGUUAUUUGAGACCAUGGUCAAACACCCUUGUUUUAGAGAUACCCCGUUUGUAUUGAUUCUGAACAAGUAUGAUAUUUUUGAGGAAAAACAAAGUAGGGUGAGUCUAAGUGCUUGUGAAUGGUUCAGUGAUUUCUGUCCUGUCCGUGCUCACGACAGCAAUCAGUCACUAGCCCAUCAAGCCUACUUCUAUGUUGCCAUGAAAUUCAAGGAUCUCUAUGCUUCCCUCACAAGCCGAAAACUUUUCGUCUGGCAAACCCGGGCAAGGGACCGGGUUACCAUUGACGAGGCAUUCAAGUUUAUCAGGGAGGUUCUCAAGUGGGAUGAGGAAAAGGAAGAGAAUUACUAUGGUCCACCGGAGGAUUCAUUUUACAGUACAGACAUAAGCUCCUCUCCCUAUAUGAGACAAACCUAGUGCCUUCUAUUAGGAAAGGGGGGAUGGGGAUUUGAGGAAUAGUUCUCUGUAUUAUUUAUUUGAUGUUGGAAGCGUAAUGGUUUUUUGUGGAUAAUAGGUGCGUGUGCAUGCUGCAGCUCACCAUGCCAAAAGACCAUAAUAAAGUUAGAACAGCUUGUGUUGGCCA